GAGUGUAAAUUUAAAAUGUUUGAUCUUGACCUGACCCCAGUUGCUAACAGAUCAGUCAGUAACCAUGUCGACCCAUCUAUACCUUGAUCACUGUCUGACUGGCCUCUGCUCACUGAGGUGAUGAGGGAGGGAGGAGGAGAGGUAGAAACUAGGGCACUGUUAUGUGGCCCCUUUUUCAACAGCCACCAGGCACAACGCAGAGAACGAGAAAGAAAGAGAAGACAGACGAAAGGACAUCUGAAGCACGGUGAAGCUGGAGAGAAAACGGUGGAAGCUCAGGAGCUGGCGUCCGACGACCUCAAACCAACCCCGACUGUCCGACGCACCCUAAAGAGAUUCACGUUAACAUUUUACACAGACACGAGCAGAAAAACACUUCUCUCUCCGUGCACACACAGCGGGCAGCGAGAUGUUUGGAGAGCAGGCGACAAAGGUCAAGAUCACGUCUGUGGUGAUUGUGGUGGGGAUGUCGUCGAUGCUGGCGGCGGUAGCGACUGAUCACUGGGCAGUGCUGAGCCCCAGGGUGGAGAAGCUGAACGCCACCUGUGAGGCAGCCCACUUUGGCCUCUGGAGGCUCUGCAAGAAGACCAUCUUCAUCAUGAAGGAGGACCCGCAGGGCAAAGGCUGCGGCCCCAUCAGCUUACCUGGAGCAAAAAACUGUUCCUACUUCAAACACUUUACGUCGGGGGAAGAGGCAGAAGUAUUUGAAGUCAAGACCCAGAAAGAAUACAACAUCUCAGCAGCAGCCAUCGCCAUCUUCAGCUUAUUCUUCAUGAUCCUGGGCACACUCUGUGUCAUCUUCUCCUUCGGGAAGGGAAGAGACUAUCUGCUCCGUCCUGCUGGAAUGUUCUUUGCCUUUGCAGGCCUUUGCAUCAUCAUCUCUGUCGAGGUAAUGCGUCAGUCUGUCAAGCGUAUGAUUGACAGCGACGAAACCAUCUGGAUUGAAUAUUACUACUCCUGGUCCUUCACGUGUGCCUGCGCCUCCUUCACCCUACUUAUCUUGAGUGGAGUCGCCCUGCUCCUCAUCUCCAUGCCCCACAUGCCACGCAACCCCUGGGAGACUUGCAUGGAUGCCGAGCCCGACACAUUAGAGUAGUCACAGGACUCACAAAUCAGCCUGUGCCAUUGAUCGUCUUCAGAGACCAUUUGCCUGGUGCUUCCCCCGUUGACAUCAGCUAUCGAUUUCAGGUCAAUGUUUGAGAUCCGCGGGAGUCCAGGAGUACCAAUCCAUAAUUUCAUGCAUAAUAUGAGGAUGUCCUUUAAGUAUUAGCAAAGAUAACCUGCUUUUGUGAUUUGUUUUUAUUAAAUUGCUGAAGAAUAACAGAAAAAAAUGCAUAAACAUUUAGAAAAGCUUUGAAAAUUUUGUUACAGGUGAUGACAUAUGCUUUUACAUGAAGUUUAUAAUAAUCACUAGAACAUUUCUCCUACAUUCAAACAAUAUUGACGUGAAAGGCAGUUGUGACAACUCUGUAAAUAUUUUUUAUUUGCAAUACUGUCAUAGAGUUUUGUUACUGUAGCUAAUAUAUUGAACAGGUAAGCCAAAACGCACUUUUUAUUAAAUUGCAGCCUUUUUCAAUAAUAUGUUGACAUUUUUCUGUCUUUUAAACAAUGUUAGUUGGAAUUCUCAAAGGAGGCUUUUAAAAUACAUUGACCUUUUCAGUAACAAUAAUCAUAGUAAUAAUUACUAUUAUAAGAACAAGAACAGACUGGACUCUGAUGGCAGUGUUUGUCCUCCAGCUUUUUAAAGUUGUAUGUAAUUUUAUGUGUGUUUUGCUGCUCUGGAACUGAACAGUGACAGAGCUCCAAAAAUCAUGAUUCUAUACAAGAGGAAACCACAUUUCAAGUCCAUGAGUAAGUAAUUAUUUGUCAUUCUUUGUCCAGCAAACACUUUGUUUGAAAACCAUAUACCUGAAAAAAUACAUUUGAUUGUUUUUUGUAAUAUGUUAUU